AUGCAAUAUUCAAAAUAUGAGGGCGCACACGAUGGCAACGACACAGUAGUCAAUUGCUCAGAAGAUGAAGCUCUCGAGAAUGAUAGAAUCAUCCUGGGUUAUAAAAAGAGAUUGAUAAAAAUUGAAGUCCAGAUGCAACACCUUUUAGAUGAUUUGAAUUUGGAUCCGCAUCAGAUUGAACCAAGUCUUAUUGCUUUGCAGAAACACCAUGACACAUUUCAACAACUUCUACAGGAAAGGAAGAACACUUUGCAAGGGCAAAAUUAUGCUCAUCAGCCCAGACAAGAAAGUAUCGAUAAUCAAGGACCAGUAGGGCCAAGGAUGAAUCUAGGCGACAAAUUCAUGAAAUUUCAACAGAGCAAUGGGCAAUUCUUCGAUGAAGAGCAUAUUUUAAGGAUUCUGCAAAAAAAUACAGACUUCAAAAAUUAUUUUCAAGUCGACAAAAAUAUUGAGCAAAAGGUACUGCUACUCGCAAUGUACCAUUGCCUCAACGGGCCAACGCGCUUACACCAGGUAUUGAAUGUUGAUGGAAUCAUACAUAAUAGCAGUAUUAGAACCAUAUUGGGAAAACAGGUGUCUAGUUCCAAAUGGACUGUGUUUCUGUAUGACGUAAAAUUAGCUCUGCUGGCACAUAAGCCGGAUGUGCCGAACCUGGAAACCAGUAAAAUGGUCGUCAGGUAUGGUGAUUUAUUUCCUUGUGCCUCGUACUUUAAAGAUCAUCCAGCAUACUAA